AUGCUCAGCGGGACGAUAACAUCCAUCAAGCCCCCGAAGCGCAGACUGUCGGGAGGGCAAAAACAGAGGAUAGCAAUAGCGAGAGCGAUACUUAAGAAUCCGACGGUGCUGCUGCUGGAUGAGGCGACGAGUGCGCUUGAUGGGCAGUCAGAGAAAUUGGUGCAGGAGGCGCUGGAGAGGGUGAUGGUGGGGAGGACGAGCGUGGUAGUGGCGCACAGGCUGAGCACCAUACAGAAUUGCGACAUGAUUGCGGUUUUGGAUAAAGGGAAGGUAGUGGAGACUGGGAAUCACUCGUCGCUGAUGGGUAUUGGGGAAAAGGGAGCUUAUUAUGCUUUGGUUAAUUUGCAGAGUACAUCCCAUUAG